UUUUUUUUUUUUUGGCUCCUGCAGCCCUUCCAUUCCUCCCCUAACUUGCUGCAGGACCGCACUUUGCUCAGUCGUUUCGGGCUUUUUUUUUUGGUCCUUCCGUUUUACCUCUCGACUUCCCAGCAUGAGGCAGGAACACUUUCAGAUGCUGCUGUGGUGCUUCGGUUUUUUGGGUGGCAUCCCCGGUGCUGCCGGCAAUCACUACCGUUACCAAUGGAGGAGCUGCUAUCCCUGUUACCUGGGGCGUGGGGGGUCCAACGUUGGCCACGCCGAGAUGCGAGCAGAUGUUGAUGAGUGCCAGGUUCACAAUGGGGGCUGCCAGCACAGAUGUGUGAACACCUUUGGAUCCUAUUACUGUGAGUGCAAGCCGGGCUUUCGCCUGCAUACGGAUGGCAGAACCUGCAUUGCACUGAACUCGUGUGCAGUGAACAACGGUGGCUGCGAGCACGACUGCGUGCAGCUGACAGCCAACCAGCACCAGUGCCGCUGCCGCCGGCUGUACCGGCUGCGGGAGGACGGCCGGCGCUGCGCCCCUUGGAGCCCCUGUGCUGAGAGGAAUGGGGGCUGCAUGCAGCUCUGCCGUGAUGUCCGGGGAGCGGCGCGCUGCGAGUGCCGCCCUGGAUACCGGCUGGGACCCGAUGGCAGAGCCUGCCAAGAUGUGGAUGAGUGCUUGGUUGGCCUGGCCAUGUGUGCACACCGCUGUCUGAACACCCACGGCUCCUUCACGUGUGUCUGCAACCCGGGCUAUGAGCUGGGAGCAGACAGCAGGCAGUGCUACCGGAUAGAAAUGGAGAUUGUGAACAGCUGUGAGAGUGACAAUGGUGGCUGCUCCCAUUUGUGCCACCACAGCAGCGCUGGCCCCGUCUGCACCUGUAACUCGGGCUAUCAGCUGCAGGAUGACCACAGGACCUGCACUGACAUCAACGAAUGUGAGGAUGGCUCUCACUGCUGCCAGCAGGACUGCUACAACUACGCUGGGGGCUACGAGUGUGCCUGCCGUGCUGGGUACCGGCUGCGUGCUGAUGGCUGUGCCUGUGAUGAUGUGGAUGAGUGCUCCUCCAACAACGGUGGCUGUGAGCACGUGUGCCAGAACCAGGCGGGGUCCUUCCAGUGCAGCUGUCCUGUUGGGUACAAGCUGGAUGGAGACAGGAAGGGCUGCAUCCCUGUAGAGAACUCAGUGGAAGCCCUGGAUGCCCGGCGCCCCAUCGUGCGCCCCAUCCCCCACGUGGCCAUCCUGCGGGAUGAGCUCACCCAGCUCUUCAGCGAUGACUACGAAGAGGAGGAAGAGAUGGAAGCAAGAGGGGAGCACACGCUUUCAGAAACAUUCGUCUGUCUGGAGAACACCUUUGGCCACGACUGCAGCCUGACAUGUGAGGACUGCCAGAAUGGGGGCACAUGCAACGUGGAGGGGACGGGCUGUGAGUGCCCGGCUGGCUGGAGCGGGCUGCUGUGCAACCAGACCUGCCCGCCUGGAACCUUCGGCAAGAACUGCAGCCAGCUCUGCCUGUGCCAGAAUGGGGGUACCUGUGAGCCCACCACCGGCACCUGCCGCUGCCCGCCUGGCGUGGCUGGAAUCCACUGUGAGGAUGGGUGCCCAAAAGGAUUUUUUGGAAAGCAAUGCAGGAAAAAAUGCAACUGUGCCAACCGAGGUCGCUGCCAUCGCAUCUACGGAGCGUGUCUGUGUGAUCCUGGCCUGUACGGGCGGUACUGCCACUUGGUGUGCCCUAAGUGGACGUUUGGCCCCGGCUGCUCCGAGGAAUGCCUCUGUGUGCAGCCCAACACGCAGCACUGCGACAAGCGGGACGGCUCCUGCUGCUGCAAGCCUGGCUACCGUGGUGUGCACUGCGAGAGCAAGUGUGAGCCCGGCCGCUAUGGGGAGGGCUGCAGGAAGAAGUGCAGCUGCUCUCCAGACACGCAGUGUGACCACAUCACCGGGCAGUGCUGGAAGGAGUGUCCCCAGGGCUACCAUGGGGAGAACUGCGACCAAGAGUGCCCCGCAGGGCGGUUCGGGGCCGGCUGCCUGCUGCUCUGCCCCUGCGGCGGGGCUCCCUGCGAUGCGGUCAGUGGGCGGUGUGUGUGUGCACCGGGAUGGACAGGGCACGACUGCGCCCAAGCCUGCCCAGAGGGUCGCUGGGGCCUCGGCUGCCAGGAGCUGUGUCCUGAGUGUGCCAACAAUGGUAGCUGUGACCCUGCCACGGGAGCAUGCGUGUGCCCACCGGGCUUCACUGGCAGCCGCUGCCAGGAUGUGUGCCCACCUGGCUGGUUCGGUCAGGACUGCCAGCAGAGCUGCAGCUGUGGGAAUGAGGGACAUUGCCAUCCUGUGACGGGGACGUGCAGCUGCGCACCCGGCUGGACAGGCCAUGACUGCCGGAGAGGCUGUGCCGCAGGGCGCUGGGGCCCAGGCUGUGCCAAUGUCUGCGAGUGCAGCAGCAGCACCGGGAGCUGCGAUGCGGUGACGGGGCAGUGCGCCUGCGAUCCAGGCUACACGGGCAGCCACUGCAAGGAGCGGUGCCCAGCAGGAUGGUUUGGGUUGGGCUGCCGGCACCGCUGCCAGUGUGAGCAUGAGGCCAUGUGUGACCACAUCAGCGGGGCGUGUGUGUGUGCUGCAGGCUGGCGGGGGACCUUCUGUGAGCACUCCUGCCCAGAUGGAUUUUAUGGCAUUGAGUGUCAGCAUGCCUGCAACUGCCAGAAUGGAGCCCCCUGCGACCCCAUCACUGGGCAGUGCCACUGCCACCCGGGCUGGACUGGCCCCCUCUGUGCCCAUGCGUGCCCGCAGGGCAGCUUUGGUGAGGCCUGCAGCCAGGUGUGCAGCUGCUCCAACAACGCCACGUGUGACCACAUCACUGGCCGCUGUCUGUGCGCUGCUGGCUGGAUGGGACCCAAGUGCCAGCAAGCAUGCCCAGAGGGUUUCUAUGGGAUGGGCUGCUACCAGCGCUGCCUGUGCCAGAAUGGGGGGAUGUGUGACCCUGCCACGGGGCACUGCACCUGCCCAAUGGGAUGGACCGGGCUGGCCUGCGAGCUGGCGUGCGCUGACGGGCAUGGGGAUGGAUGUGGGCAGCUCUGUGCCUGCCUGAACGGGGGGGUCUGUGACCUGCAGGGACAGUGCCAGUGCCCACCUGGCUGGAGUGGGAGCACCUGUGAGAGCCCCUGUCCGGAGGGGCACUUUGGUGCAGGCUGCCAGGAGCGCUGUGACUGCAGGGACAAAGGGCUGUGCCACCCCAUCACCGGUGCCUGCCAGUGCCCCCCUGGAUGGAGGGGCCAGCGCUGCGAGAAAGCCUGCCUGCCCGGAGUGUUUGGGAAGAGCUGUGCAGAACGCUGUGCCUGUCCCCCUGGAGCACCCUGUGACCACAUCACCGGGCAGUGCAGCUGCCCGCCAGGCUUCACCGGAGCUGCAUGCGAGACACCCUGCCCACCUGGCACCUUUGGGGAGCGCUGCGCCCAACGCUGCCGCUGUGCAGGACCCACCCAGGACUGCCACCCCAUCACCGGUGCCUGCAUCUGUGCACCUGGCCACCACGGGCCUGACUGCGAGCUGGAGUGCCCUAUGGGCUGGUACGGCCCUGGCUGUGAGCGGCCGUGUGAGUGCAAGAAUGGGUGGUGUGAGCGCACCACGGGGACGUGCCACUGCCCAGCAGGAUACAUUGGUGCUGACUGCAGCAUUGUGUGUCCCACCGGCCACUAUGGUACAGACUGUGCACAGCUGUGUGCCUGCGGGGAGGGGGCCACGUGCCACCACGUCACCGGGGACUGCCUGUGCCCACCGGGAAGAGUCGGUCCCACUUGUGAGCAAGGCUGCCAACCACAGCAGUACGGGGUGGGCUGCCAGCAGACUUGCUCCUGCCAGAAUGGAGGGCUGUGCAAUGCCACCGAUGGGUCUUGCACCUGUGGGCUGGGAUGGACUGGGAAAUCCUGCGAGUUAGAGUGCCCAGCUGGGAGCUUUGGUGCUGACUGCCAGCUGCGCUGUGCCUGCAGGCACAAUGCCUCCUGCGACCGCAUCACUGGUGCCUGCCGCUGCCCCCCAGGACGCUAUGGGGCCCUGUGUGAGCAUGGUUGUCCCCCGGGUUUCCAUGGGACCGACUGCCAGCAGCGCUGUGACUGUGCCCAUGGAGCUGCCUGUGACCCGGCCACCGGCCGCUGCCACUGCCCUGUGGGGCUGCAGGGUCCCCGCUGCCAGGAAGGCUGUGAGGAAGGGAUGUAUGGUGAGGGAUGCCGGCAGCGCUGUGACUGCGUGGGGAAUGCGCCCUGUGACCGCAUCACGGGGCACUGCCUCUGUCCUCCGGGAACAACUGGCCCCAGGUGUGACUCAGCGUGCCCUGUGAACCACUAUGGCCCCAACUGUGCACUCAUCUGCACCUGUGCCAGCAGCUCCCAGUGCAGUGCCCAGACCGGCCGCUGUCACUGCCACCACGGCUCCAUGGGCUCCUCGUGCCAGGAAGCUGUGCCAGCCCAGAUGCCCACCAGGUCCCCAGCGCUGCAGGGGAUGGAGCACCACGUCCUGCCACAGCCACAGGGCCCUGCAGAAGCACACGACCCAGCUGGAGGACUUGUUCCCAAGGCACUCGAGUGACAAGCAGCUCAUGGCAGAUGGGAGCUGGGUGCUGCCUGGGCUGGAUGUGGGCUGUAGGACUGCUCUGCAGCUGCUGGCCCUCACCUCUGGGUGUUGGGUGCUUGGUUUGGAGGGAAAGGGUUGACAUUAUGGUUGAAAAUAGGUAUUUAUUCAAAAAUAUUUAUGGCAAGCUAUACCACAGCAGUGCAGGAGCUCUGCAGAGCUGCCAGCUGGAGGGGGGAGAGCUGACCAAGAACCUGCAGCACCCAAUCCAGACAGGGACACAUUGGCACAAAGCUGUGGGUGCCCGCAGCCCUGCAGGGGUGGUGGCCCAGCACCUGGUCCUGGUCCCAUCC